AUGGCAUUAGCACGUAUGGAUGGCUUGAUUCGCAGUCAAGAGCCCAAUGGUGCUGUGCCUCAGCCGGAGGAAGCCUUGCAAGCGCUUCUCCGUGGCUCCAGCCCUUACGAUGGUGCUGGAGUCAAUGAGUACCACCUCUGUUGGGGGCUCCUCUAUGCCAUGACCGAGGUGACCAGUGGACAUGUGCAGGCGCUGGGGUGUGGUUUGGAUGGAACCCUGCUUCGCACCACCAUAGGAAGAGAGCGCCUGUGGAAAGUCUAUCAGGCCUUGAAAGGCUUAUUGGCGCGCAAAUGCUGCAGUGGCAAAGCCCUUGAGAAAGUUAUAGGUUCGCUUCGCAUUCAGCCAGGGAAAGAGUCAGGCUCCCUGACCCUAGAGCCGAAGUCCCGACCGAAGAAGAGGCAGAGAGAGUUGAUCCUGGAGCCAGAAGGUCGUCUGCAGGAGUUGAAGGUGGUUCCAAAGAAAGCACGUACCAUGAGUCUGACGGACAAGUUCCAGAAGAUGCUGGAAGAGAAAAAGAUGCCAUCCCUUCGACUCCCUCAGACGGACAAGGAGCUCAAGGAAAUAGAGAAGAUGUUCUUGGUCCCCAAUGCAGAGAAGUUGAAAGCAGGAGACCUAGGCUACAGCUCCGACAGCAACAGCACUUCGUCAGAGCUGAGGGGAGACGUAAAAGGAAGGAGGCUUCGUGGGCCCGCAAACAGGCCAAAAGGAGCUCUCAAAAAGCUGGUAGACCAGAUGUCGGCCGACCCGAGCAAGCAGACUCUUCUCGAGCGGGCUGCUGUGACGGAUCGGGUGAGGCAGAACUACACCAAGCGUCUGGACGAGUUUCGCAGUUUUUUAGAGGAGGCGCGCCUUCCACAUGGGAGAGCAGCGGAAAUGGAUGCAGCUUUGGUCAUUUAUUUCAACAAGAAGUAUCUGGCUGGAGAAGGGGCCUACGUGGGCGAUUACACCAUGGCAGCCCUGAUGGAUGCGGACCCGUCUUUUGGAAGGAUGGGCAACCAGCAUCUGCCUCGGGCCUGGAGAAGUUUGAAAGGAUGGCGGCGACUGUGUCCAGCCAGGUCUCGCCUGGCUUUUCCCCUUCCGGUCUGGUGUGCCAUCAGCUGGAGGAUGUGUCAACGUGGCCAUGUUCAGAAAGCCAUAUUCAAUCUGAUUCAGGUGUGCACGUACCAUCGUCCGGGAGCUCUUCUACAACUCAGAAAGAUGGGCUUGGUCAGACCGGCCAGUGGCAUCACGCGUCACUGGGCAGUCGUUACAAGCCUCACAGAGACCAGCGAUGUUUCAAAGACAGGAACAAAGGACGACUCAAUAGUUCUGGACUCGAAGUGGAUCACGUUCCUGUCGCCGAUGUUGGAGCAGCUCAAGAAAGGCAAGCCCAUGGACUAUGUGUGGAGCUUCCACUACGGAGAGUACGAGAAGGCAGGUCGCCUAGCGGCCACAUGGGGGAAGCUGGACAGUGCAACUCAACUGACCUGCAAGGCCGCAGAAGCGAACAUAGAGGCCAUCAUCCUCGGCCAGCGCUACCCAGACAUCGCGCUGCCGUGA